AUGUUGCAGCAACAGCUGAAGCCGAUGGAGGCUCUGAUCGUUAAUCUACCCAAGUCGUCCAUGGGUCAAUCAAGCGCGGCUGGUGGUUCACAAUCCGUCUAUCACAUUGCCGGCAGCAUCAUUGAGUUCCUGUAUGACCCCCAGACCCAUAUCUUCUUUGAUUCCUGGUACAAAUGAUACGAGAACCGACAGGACAACGGGCCCGUGGCCCAGUGGUUAGAGGCGUUGGACAGCUAACUAACAGGUCGCGAGUUCGAGCUUCAGGUGUUCCACACCUCGGAGUUGGGUAUGACUGGCUGACGACGGCCAUAAGCCAGAACCGGCCAUUCCAAUCUCCCUUGCCUUUGUCAGUAAUAACAUUCUGCCUAUAUCAUGUGCCGUUGUGCGGCUGCUGGUUGGGCUCGAGAGAGAGAGAGCCUGUAAGGCCCAACGGAACGAGUGAAUUCCCUAAGAACGAUCGGUGAGCGCCCCUCUACCAUUGAUACGAGGACUUUUUCUGUCGAUCUGGCUGCCCAGGACAAUGCAUGUAAGGUACGGCUCCUACUCCGUAAACUGGGCCCUGAACACGGGCGUUAUGCAAACUUCAUUCUCCCGAAGAACCCCCCGAUGAUUCACUUUCACGGAUACAGCGCAGACGCCGUCGCAGAUUUUCGGUGAGCGGUCGUCACGUACGCGACAUUGUCAAUCCUGAGUGUGGGCGUUUUCAACUCGGUUAUCUCACUGAAGAUCAGUUCAAAGGCCUAAUAUUUAUCUGCGGCCUCCAGCCCUCCAAGGAUGCUGACAUCCGGACGCGUGCUAUCCAAAGUGUAGCAGAAAAACUCAAUCACACUCCAAGAGCUGGCGGCGGAGUGUCAACUGCCGACUAACCUCAAGCACGACUCAGCCAUGUUCCAGAGCCCUGCCGCAUCCUGCUCAGCCCAUACGGUCGCAGAGGCCAAAUGGCUUCCUGUUACGCGGUCCACACAAAUGUCCAAGGCGAGAUCACCGCAAUGUCCUUGUCAGCACCGUAGCACAUGGCAUUUUUAUGGGGACUGCACCUUUCGCCAGCAUCGCUUCCAAAACUGUAACCAGAUUGAACACCGUUAUGGGUUGUCCAAAUCAACAACAGUUUCGGAAAGCAAGCCCGCCUCCUCCACUUCCAUUUCCAAGCGCAAGUCCAAAUCCCAGUCUCUUGGCCACUUUCGAGCUCAAAAAGACCGGUCGUAGGUAGUCUGUUGACGUUCUGCCCAAUGGCCACGCAGUCCGCCUACAUUUGAACACUGCCUCAGACGCCAUUAUCGCCUCCGAGAGACUCUGGUAGUCCUUUGGCGGUCUCACGAUGCUGCAGACUUUUCAGUCCGCCACAAGCGCGUGCGGUGGUCUCGUCCAGUUAAUGGGGCAACUGCAGUGCUAUUUGUCAUUCCGCGACGCUACCAUCACUGCGAUCUGCUACGUCACCAAAUAUGACCCCAACGUACUUGAUCUUGACUGGAUUGGACAGUUUGGUUUGGCCGAUAUGCCGCUCCGCUUUGUUUGCAGUCAGGUGCAGAUUCCCGCGGUGCUUGCAGACCCAGCCAAGGACGUUCUCCAACGGUUUGCUCUAGUGUUCCAAGAAGGUCUGGAUCGUUGUAUGUACACUCAAGCCGUGCUGCAUCUAUCUCCGGAAAGUCAACCAGUCUUCUGCCCAAAGAGACCAGUCCAUAUGCGGCCUUGCCACUUGUCGAGGCCGAACUGAGGUGUCCGGAGGAACUGAGAGUUCUAGCUCUUGUAAUCUACCCAGCCUGGGCCGCCCCAAUAGUCAUGGUUAAGAAGCCCCACGGUGCAAUCCGUGUAUGUGUUGACUUCACCUGUCUUAAUGCCACGCUGACCCCGAACUGCUAUCCACUGCCGGUCCCGGCUGAUAUUUCCACCCUGCUGAAUGAUGGUGCUUGCUUUGCCAAAUUGGAUAUCGCUGACGCCUACUUACAGACUGAGGUUGUUCCAGAGUUGUCCGACUUGUGGACCAUGAACACCCACCGCGGCCAGUUUCAGCACACCAUACUGCCUUCUGGUGUCAAGACCGCCCAACAAACGAUGAACGCAAUGCUCUUCGGCAUUCCUGGCACAGCUGGGGACCUGGACGGCCUCAGUAUCGUGGGUCGCUCCCCUGCCGAGCUGCAAGACCGAAUGUGCGUAGUACUCGAACGUGUGCAAGGAUGUGGCUUCGGCAUGCGAGCCGACAAAUGCCAAUUCUUCCUCGACUACAUCAGGUACCUUGGAUUCGUUUUUGACAUUACUGGUCAUCAUCCAGAUCCCGAAAACAUUUUUGCCAUCAUAACACUGCCUCAUCAUUAUAGUCAGUCCCCUGCUAUAAUGGGGCUGUAGGCACUUGGGAAUGAAAACACGCGGCAGGCAUUUAUUCUGAGUUGAUAACUUAUACAGUAGACCCCGUUAAUUUUUGUUUUCCAGGCACUGGAGCGUUUGUGUGUUCCAUGCUAGGUUCUGGUUACUUUAAGUCGGAUAACCAUGUUCUUUUCGUUAUCUUGCCAUAUGCGGUUGCAGACUAACUGGAGCGGCAACGAAUAAUAAUUUCUGUUCUGACUGUUCUUACAUUGCUACCUCGAUAUUGGGAAGUAGUAAUUGAAGUAAAUCACGCACUCAGCCUUUCUCUUGAUGCCUGCAAAAGUAGCGCCAGCAUAUGUAAACCAAAGCAUCGGAUGAUAUUACUGAAAGGCACGACCUUCCACAUCUUAAAACAUUAAUGACCACAACGUGUAGUCACAGCAUGCGCGUUCAGAACGAGUUGGACCCGCAUGGCAAUCCCGUGUUAUCAACUGCACUGAUCCUCACUGCAAUUACAAAAGUUGAACUGAGCGAAAAAUAUGGUCCUCGUUAGAUGGUAAUGCGAUGGCAAUGGUAGGGGGUGCUCACCGAUCGUUCUUACGGAACUCACUCGUUCCGUUGUGCCUUACGAGCUCUCUCUCGAGCCCAACCAGCAGCCGCACAACGGUGCAUGAUAUAGGCACAACGGAACGAGUGAGUUCCGUAAGACUGAUUGAUGCGCAUCCCCUACCAUUGUAUAUUCCCGAUCGAAAACCGACAGGACAAAGGGGUUGUGGCCCAGUGGUUAGAGGCGUGGAAUUCUAACUAACGAGUCUCGGAUGUUCCACACUUUGUGGUUGGGUGUGACUGGCUGACGACGGCUAAUAAGCCAGAAAUGGCCAUUCCAGUCCCCCUUGUAUUUGUCGGUAAUAACAUACUGCCAAUACAACGGCAGUUCAACGGAGGGAUUCUGUAUCAGCAGCGACAAGUCAUUGUCAGGAGCGAAAUCGCAGGCUCAACUUUUCCGUCCAGUCAGUAGUCGGACGAGCCGUGCGCGAGUCGACCGUGGCGUGGAACCUAGUCGAGUAUCGUUAAACGGGUGCGCAUAACUCGUGUCAGCGUGCCAAGCGUUACGUAGUCAUGCCAAGGGCCGCAGUCCGGUUACUUGGGAUCGAUACAGAACUCCACAAUGACACCACACCAGACUGACUGGUUAGGUAACAGUUCAAACUGCCUUUAUUGUCGCUCCCUUAAUAGUCCCGAGGAUAGACACAAGAAUAGGUCCGAAAGCCCAGGUGGAUAAAACAUUGUUUUUUAGAUGCUAAAUUGCUAACUUCAAGAAAUCCAGCCCCGUCGUUUACAACGCAGUUCCCUAGUUUCAACCAACAACCUUAAGCAUGAAAUAUUGAUCUACUUCGAGAAGGUUGCAUUUGGUUCGCAGAAGUCUUCUCUGCCAGAAUUCAGGAUAAUGCCUUUCUCAUAAAAUGACUGCUGCAAGUUAGUGGCUACCGUCUUCACCUAUUCUGCACUUCAUAAGAGUAUAGCUUUGAUAUCUACCUGCCCAUUCUUUGAUGGGGCAGCCAUGUAAACCACUUUUGCAUUUUAUGGCAGUGUUAAAAAUGUUUCUUGCUGCUCCUGUCAGGCCUACUUGUUGCAAAAUGAAGUAAAUUCACCCCUAAUGAGGUUAUGACCCUCCCAGAAAAACGCUCAACAAGGUAUGAAUAUGGGGUUUGUUAUUUUUACAUUGUAAUAUAGCCAAAUAUCAGGCAUUCUGGGAACUAUUUUCUGCAAAAGCCUCUGUUUGAAUCUUUUAUGUGAAGGAACCUUGCCUAUAAUGAACGCACGCAGUUGGAUUGCGUUUAAAGUUGACGAGAAAUGACCGAGAUUUUAACACUUCUAAGUUUUUAUAGAUAGCUUAAUGCAUUACUUGCGACAAGUCAAAGAGCCAAUGGAAAUUCUGUUUGGAGAAACAGUAUGAGUUAACUUGGAUAAAACGACGAACAAGAACUGACUGCAAAACGAGAGCUAGGGUGCGUGUGAGUCGCAGCAUUUAAGAAAUUAAAGGCAACGCCUCAGUGCUCUUUUGGCACACAGAUCUGCUGACGUCAUAUCUUAAAAUGAUGCCAAUCACUAAUGCUAUCGCAGGUUCCACAACGAGCCUCGCAUGCGUCGAUGUCACGUCACUGUGGCGCCGUGCCCACCUGCCAGUCACCAGCGCAUUCUGCAAACAGACACGCGCGGCUAA